GGUACAUAGCCGUGAGCGCGUGCGCGUGCAUGUGUGUGCAGUGGGUGUGGGUGUAGGUGUGGGUGUAUGAGUGACUGGGUGAGUCGGAGAAAGGCGCAUGUAUAGUGUCCGUGUGUGUGUGUGGUGCAUGGCAUGGAGGCCAGGCAGGUCGACGCCUGGCUCGAGUUCUGUUUCCCACACGCACAAUGUUCCAUCGCCAUCCCAUCCAACAUCCGAUGGAACAUUGUGCGUGUGGGAAACACUGCCUGCAAAUCAAGUUCAUUCACCUGAGUUCAGGCAUCGCCAACCGACCAUAGCUAUACGGCACUCGCACCACGUGCGCCUGCAGCACAUCUCUUAGGUGCACAUCUCUGUACAACCGGGUUGGUCCACAUACAUGUCCAGUGCAGUGCACGGAUGUGGACCAGCUCGGUUGUACAGGUGUGGCUCAAGAAGAGAAGCAAGCACGGCGCCCGCACAGAUACACAUCGCUCGCUCCAGCAACCUGUCUCGCCUGCCUCAGCCAACGCAUAAACACACGACACACACAGUGCAAAGGGUGGCUGCGCUCAUCACAACAAAAAGGAGCCAUCACUUAGAGAGGCUCACACAAUCCAGCCCAUCCAUCCAUCAUACACAAUCUCGCUAUCGACACACACUACAGAGAGAAAGCCGCCGCCCUCCCCUCAGCACCAUCAGAAGUCAGUGCACCUGCCCUUGUGCGACCAGUCGCCAUGAGUGGUGGGCUCCUGUCCCUUGUAGCGGAACCCAUACUCGCCCAUCUCGCUGCCCUCCUCCUCACCCUCACCCUCACUCCCCUCCUUGAACCGCUCCUCCGUCUUGGCCUCGGCAGGGAACACCACCGACCUACUCGCCUCCUCUCCGUCAGCACCUUCAGCCGCCUCUGCACCUGCCCCUGCCGCAUCGGCCUUAAGUUUGUCUUCAUCCUUCUCGCGCAUGUCCUCGUUGGGCGUUGCGUGGCUGGCGGGGUCGACUGAGGGGGACGGCAUGCUGUCGCCUGGGGCAGAGUCAGCCGGCGGCCCUGGGUCUGCGCCUCCGAGAGAUGCGAAACGCCGGUAGACAGCAGUGACAGGAGGGAGGAGGGAUGCGCCGCGCUGCACGAGGGGAGUUGAUGACCGCACCGCAGCCAUGGCGAACGGUCCGGCUGCCCUGGCUAUCGUGUGGAGAUGAAGGGCCAUUUCCACUUUUUC